AGGGUAUUGGUUAUUGGAUCUGGCCCGGGGUUUCUGAUUACUGCGCUACGUUAUGUAGGACAAAUGAAGUGUGUGUUAGUCGUUUAGUUAAUUCGUUACCAUACAUAAGGUACUGCUUAAAAAAUUUUCACUGGAACGGCAUCAUUUUUGCCUAAUAAGCGUUCAUGAGACCAAGAAGUGGCUAUUUUAACCAUCAAAAUAAAUAAAUGUUAAGGAUAGACGAUCAUAUGACUCAUGAGUUAAAAGACGCAUUUCAAGAUGUUUCUGAAUCUACUGUUGAAGAUCAAAAUUCAGCCAGUCAAUCACGUCAAAAUCUUGCCGGUGGAAGUGGGGUUUUUGCAAACUUUUUCGAAGAAAUGGCUGAACCACUGUCUUUCCAAUCCUCAAAUCUCAAUGAUGAAAGGCAGAAUAAUAAAACUAAACAGGACCUCAAAUUUCAAGCAGGAAGUAGUGCGGAAAGCGACAGAAACGCCUCUGUGCUGCGUAAUGAUAUUAAUCCUAUGGAAGCUUUCUAUGGUAGCAAUCCGGAUGAUGACCUGAAAAUUCUGGAACGAUAUCGAAUGCUUGUUAAUUCUUAUUCUGAUUCCGAACCAUAUCGAAAUGAAAAAUUCCAGAUGAGACAAUCAUUUCAUGAUGAUACAUUGAAACGUGAUACAUUACCACAUGGUAUAGCAGAAUAUAAUCCAAAUGAUUUAAGUAGUCAGUUGUGUUUUUCAUAUAUACAUAGAAAUAAACCACCAAAAAUAUUGGCUAAUCGUUUUCUUCUUGGUUCUACAAUUGGUAGAGGAAGUUAUGGAAAGCUUUCUAAUGGUAGCAAUCCGGAUGAUGACCUGAAAAUUCUGGAACGAUAUCGAAUGCUUGUUAAUUCUUAUUCUGAUUCCGAACCAUAUCGAAAUGAAAAAUUCCAGAUGAGACAAUCAUUUCAUGAUGAUACAUUGAAACGUGAUACAUUACCACAUGGUAUAGCAGAAUAUAAUCCAAAUGAUUUAAGUAGUCAGUUGUGUUUUUCAUAUAUACAUAGAAAUAAACCACCAAAAAUAUUGGCUAAUCGUUUUCUUCUUGGUUCUACAAUUGGUAGAGGAAGUUAUGGAAAGUUAAUAGAUGGUUUACAUUUUCUUCAUCGUAACGGUGUUAUACAUCGUGAUAUUAAACCGGCUAAUUUAUUGUUAACACCUGCACCAGGUUGUGGUUUAAGUGGUUUCGGUAGUCCAAAUGGUACAAUGGAUUUACCUGAUCAUAAUUGGUUAUGUAGUACUGGGAGUCAAUCAGCAUUUUGUCAACGUUCAUUAGCUAAUAUAUUGGCUUUAUCACGUGGUUGGUUAGUGAAAUUAACCGAUUUCGGUGUAUCUGCAUCAAUUUCAGCAUUUAGUACAAAUGAUAUGGUUAGUGGUGGUCAAACGACACCAGCUGUACAACCUCCAGAAGUAGCUAAAGGUGUCCAAUCAAUAUUUGAUGGUACUAAAUUAGAUGUAUACAGUGCUGGUGUAACACUUUAUUUUAUGCUUACUGGUCAUGUACCAUUUUCAUGUCAAAAUGUACUACAAAUAUUUGAAGCAAUUGUUAAAGGUGAUUAUACAAUACCAGGACAUGUAUCAGCUAAUGCUUCAGAUUUAAUUCGAAAAAUGAUGCAUAAAGAUCCUAAAAAACGUUUAACUCUAAUGCAAAUUCGUCAACAAAAUUGGUAUAUACAAGAUCCACCAACACCAAUGUCUGUAGAACAAAUUAAAAUGAAAUUACGCAAUGAAUUGUCAAAUUCUCAACAAUUAUCUAGCAAAAAUACUGGCAAUAAUGAUCCGCCAUUAUUGAUACAUACAACACCAAAACAUAAUUGUAAUCAACAACAAUCACAUCAACGUUAUGGUAUAAUCUGUUGGCUUGAUCCAUUAAUUUAUCUACGUCGAUAUCAUACUACUGUUGAAUAUCCUCCACCGCAUAUAGAUGAUACAGGUGCUAGAAUAUUUAAUACUGAUGAAAUUUUCAAUAAUUCAACUAAUCAAAGGAUGAAUAUUCAUCAUGAUGACGAUGAUGAUGAUGAUGAUGACGAUGACGACAAAAAUCUGUCAACUAGGCUUAAUCGUCAUAAUGGUAUAGCACCGAUUUCAGUGAUUGAUCGAUUGAAAGUAUUUCAUGAUUUGGAUGACUAUGAAGAUUAUAUGAGACCAGAAGAUAUGUCUAGCUUCUAUUAUUCACCGGAAGCAUGUUUGCAAUAUUCCAAUCUUGAAAAACAUUUGGCUAAUUUAGGUAUUAGUUCACGUGUAGAAUAUGAUCCAACAACAAUUACCAACAAUUAUCCAUAUCAUCCAAUCAAUUCUUUACAUUCUAUUAAUCCUAUUCAUCAACCGGCUGAUACGACUCAUAGUGAAGAUCAUCAAUCACAUGGUUAUUUUCUACCAUCCGAUCAACAAGGUCAACAACAAGUUAAACAAGAAAAAUCUAUAAAUGCUCACAUGAAACAACCACAACAACAUUGGUGUCAAGAUCUUGGUGUUCCAGUAUAUGAAGCAAUAGAAUUUAGCCAGAAUCAAAAUGAUCAUCUACCUGAACCACCAGCUUGUCCAGCAGAUUUACCAAUUUCCAUUCCUACUUCAUUUCGUUUGCCUAGAUUUGUAAUGAAUCCAAUUGGAACUUGUCGAACUAACAGUUCACCAGGUCCUAUAUUAUUUGAUUCUAAUGUAUGUGAACGAAUACAGAAUAAUAAUGCUGUCAUGAUAAAUGAUGCUGAUGCUGAUAAUGAUGAUGAUAAGAUGAUAUCCAAUCAAAAAACAUGGCAUUAUGGUACACGACCAAAAGAGUUACUACUUCAAAUCACUCGUUCAAAGGCACAUCCAGAACAGCAUCCAUGCUCUACGACUAUCCGCACUAAUGAAGAAGAAGAAGAAGAAGAGGUAGAAGAUACUGAUCAUUCAGAUCAAUUAUCUACUGAAUUCAAUAUGGAUUAUGAAAAUUAUCAUGAAAUUGAUUCAACUAAAUCAUUACCAUUAAAAAAUAUAAAACAAGAAUUUUUGCGAAAAUUUUAUGAAUUAAAUUAUCAAAAUUUUAAUAAAUUUAGUCAAUGGUUUUCUACUACACUGACUAAUAAUAAUAAUAAUCCAUUUCAUUCAUUACGUAAUCGAUUGAAAAAUAGUAUACGAUUAAAAAAGAAACGCUCAUUAGUAAAUGUUUCAAAUAUGAAUAAUGACGAUAAUAAUAAUAAUAAUAAUCGUUUAUCUGUUGGUUUCUCUCCUUCUUCCCCUACUUCAUCUACUUCUACUACAGUUUAUUAUAGAAAUGUGAAUAGUGCCACAGAAUUAACUUCAAUUGUACAACCAUCAUCAACACCAACAACAACAUCAUCACCAGCAUCGACACCAAUCCAACUGGAUGAUCAACAUUCAAUGAAAUCAACUGGAACAUUGCCAAGAGUAGUAGUACAUCAUCGAUUAAAGCCUUGUUCACGUAUAUUUUCACGAAAAAAAACAAUGAGAAAGGGCAAUAAUUGA